UCCUUGUCUUUGAGAUUAAAAAUUAAUUGAAUUACCUGCAUGUAACUGCUAAAUCCAGACGUUUAAUGUUGAGGCACCAUGCCAGACCGUGGAAGAUUUAACGAAUGGGGUUGUGAUGGCCCAGGUUCUUCAAAAAAUAGAUCCAGCUUACUUUGAUGAAAAUUGGCUGAACAGGAUCAAAACAGAAGUAGGAGAUAAUUGGAGGCUAAAGGUAAGCAACCUGAAGAAAAUUUUAAAAGGAAUACUGGAUUACAACCAUGAGAUUCUAGGGCAACAGAUUAAUGACUUCACCCUUCCUGAUGUUAACCUGAUCGGAGAGCAUGCUGAUGCUGCGGAGCUUGGGAGAAUGCUUCAGCUUAUUUUGGGAUGCGCUGUGAAUUGUGAACAGAAGCAAGAGUACAUCCAGACCAUAAUGAUGAUGGAAGAAUCGGUUCAACAUGUUGUCAUGACAGCUAUUCAGGAGUUGAUGAGUAAAGAGUCUCCAGUCUCUGUUGGAAAUGAUGCUUACGUUGACCUUGAUCGGCAGCUGAAGAAAACUACAGAAGAAUUAAACGAAGCACUAGCAACAAAAGAAGAAAUUGCCCAGAGAUGUCAUGAGUUAGAUAUGCAGGUUGCAGCCCUCCAGGAGGAGAAGAGCAGCUUGCUCGCUGAGAACCAGAUUUUGAUGGAACGUUUAAAUCAAUCUGAUUCUAUUGAAGAUCCCAACAGCCCUGCAGGUCGUAGGCACUUGCAGCUGCAGACACAACUAGAACAGCUCCAGGAGGAAACAUUCAGAUUAGAAGCUGCCAAAGAUGACUAUCGAAUACGCUGUGAAGAACUAGAAAAGGAAAUUGCUGAAUUGAGACAACAAACAGAAGAGCUUACUACAUUGGCAGAGGAGGCUCAGUCUUUGAAGGAUGAGAUAGAUGUACUCAGGCAUUCUUCUGAUAAAGUAGCCAAGUUAGAAAGCCAGGUAGAGUCAUACAAAAAGAAACUGGAAGACCUGGGUGAUUUGCGACGGCAGGUGAAACUCUUAGAAGAGAAGAAUACAAUGUACAUGCAAAAUACUGUGAGCCUGGAAGAAGAACUAAGGAAGGCCAACGCAGCACGUGGUCAGCUGGAAACAUACAAGCGGCAGGCAGUUGAACUACAAAACAGGUUAUCUGAAGAAUCCAAGAAAGCUGAUAAAUUAGAUUAUGAAUGCAAACGACUGAAAGAAAAAGUAGACAGCCUCCAAAAAGAAAAAGAUAGAUUAAGAACAGAAAGGGAUUCUUUGAAAGAAACCAUUGAAGAGCUUAGAUGUGUACAAGCUCAGGAGGGUCAACUCACCACUACAGGAUUGAUGCCUCUGGGAAGACAAGAGCCUUCAGACAGUUUAGCAGCAGAAAUCGUUACUCCUGAAAUAAAGGAGAAACUCAUUCGCCUUCAGCAUGAGAACAAGAUGUUAAAGUUGAACCAAGAAGGUUCUGACAAUGAAAAGAUCGCCUUGUUGCAGAGCCUUCUUGAUGAUGCAAACUUACGGAAGAAUGAAUUGGAGACAGAAAACAGAUUGGUAAAUCAGAGACUUCUAGAAGUGCAGUCCCAGGUUGAAGAACUACAAAAAUCUUUGCAGGAUCAAGGUUCAAAAGCUGAAGAUUCAAUUCUUCUGAAAAAGAAACUUGAAGAACAUCUUGAGAAGCUCCAUGAAGCUAACAAUGAGCUACAGAAGAAACGAGCUAUUAUUGAGGAUUUGGAACCAAGAUGCAAUAACAGUUCGCUCAAAAUUGAAGAAUUACAAGAAGCUUUACGGAAAAAGGAGGAAGAAAUGAAGCAAAUGGAAGAGCGAUACAAAAAAUAUUUGGAAAAGGCCAAAAGUGUCAUCCGCACCUUAGAUCCUAAGCAGAACCAGGGUGCAGCUCCUGAGAUUCAGGCUCUGAAAAAUCAGUUGCAGGAGCGGGACAGAAUGUUUCAUUCAUUGGAGAAAGAAUAUAAAAAAACAAAAAGUCAAAGAGAAAUGGAGGAGAAAUUUAUUGUUAGUGCCUGGUACAAUAUGGGAAUGACUCUGCAUAAAAAAGCAGCAGAAGAUAGACUGGCUAGUACAGGCUCAGGACAGUCCUUCCUGGCUCGACAAAGGCAAGCCACGAGCACAAGGAGAUCUUACCCUGGUCAUGUCCAGCCAGCAACAGCAAGGUAGAGAAGCCUUGCCCUUAGAAAGAAAACUGCCCUGUGAUCCAGGCCAAUUCUGUUGCAAGUGACAACAUUCAAGGAAAAACAACCAGCAUCCUUUCUCUUUCUCCUGCUAUUAUUUUACAGUUCAGGAAAGGGUUUUAUUAUGGUUGCUCAUUGUUCUGUAAUGCCCUUUGCUUAUUUUUUUUGGAGUCCAUCUCUCUCUCUCUCUCUCUCUCUCUCUCUGCAUUUUUUGAAUGUGCCAAAGUUUUGAAAACAUCUAGAGGGGUGCUGUAUGAUAACAGAGUCUUAUUUGUAUGAAGUCUGGUCUUUUAUGAAAAGCCUGGUAUGGGCUGUGUAACAAUGUACAUUUCUUGUCACAGUUGAUACGUUUGUGCCUAUAAGGGUUGUUACGCUUUAUUCAAAGUCUUUUUUCAAAGGGAAUUAGGCUUUUUAUUUCAUGUGCUAACCUGUUGCUUAAAAAAAAUGCUGAAAACUCAUUACAGAAAUGCAAAAUUAGUAUAUAAUAUUUUUGUGAAAUAUAUUUGCUACUAAAAAACUUACCAAUGGCAAAAAGAAUGUGGGUUUUUUUGUUUUGUUUUGUUUUUUUAAUUUCCUACAUGCGGUAAUUUGCUCUUAUUCUUGGCAUUUAAUAGGGAAGCAGGAUGAUUUUUUUUUUUCAGGUUUUUCUUUAUCUACUGGUGUUAUGUCUUUUGCUGGCAGAGCUGAAUAUUUUCAAAUGGUUUGUUCCACUCUUCUUGGUCAAAUGUAUGCUUAAUAUAUAUUAUAAAAGGAUUGAGAAAUAUUUAGAAUGCUCUAAUAUGCUACUGCAUCAUCCAUUUAAAAAGGACACUUGUUUUAAAAUUUUAUGAUUGUGGAUGAACAGUACAUAAUGGAUCAAGGCCGCAAUUAAUAUUGUUGAUGUUAAUGUAUUCCAGUUGUCAUCCCCUACUAAAAGACUUGCUUUUAAUAUAUUGAUUCAGGGUAUAAUUGUAUCAGUUGCCUUACUAAUGGUACCAGUGCCUUCAGGUGAGUUUGUUGCUGACAUUGUUGGAAACUGGCUGUAAUUUGUUGUACUGCCUUUUUGGUGUGUAGCUGGUUAAUUGUACAUCACUCAUUGUAGCACCUUCAUGUUGAUCAGCAGGGUGGAUGGUGGCCCCUACUAUUAAUUUAGGUUCUGUUCCUACGAAGUUCUGCUUUUUCCCUAUCAUUUUUGUCAAAGAAUUGAUGGACACAGAGGACCUGAGUAUGGGUUGAAAGUUUCAUAUACAUACAUCUUGUGGUGAUUCAGUUUUAAACAUUUUUCAUUUAGAGACUGUUUGGACCCUAAUGCACACGCAGUCUGAUUUAUAAAUUUAUUCUUUUACCUUAUGUUAAUGCCCUUCCAAGUGAAGACAUUUUUUCAUAAAUCCCUUUAGAGAAAAGAGAUACUCGCAUUUAUUAAUCAUCUGAAGGUCUAUGUUAAUUCACAACUUGGGUGGAAUGAGCAAAGGGUAAUUAAAACAAGCACACCUAGAUUAAAGGGUAAGGAAGAGGUGAAUGACACUUUUAGGUACUGUUUUAUCCUCAAAUACAUCAUCUGUUUAAAUCUAGGCUAAGAAAUGCAUUCAAUAUGUGUCUGAAAAAAUUUGUCAGUUCUGAUUCCCCCCCCCCAGUAAUAUGAAAACAGAUGCUGAAGUCUGUUAACUGCAUAUAGGUUUGUCUUUUAUUGCUCACAUUUGGGAAAAAAUGAUGUUCUAAAAAUUCUCUUUACUUAUUCAACGUAUGACAUGUCUGGGCUAUGCUUGCAAGAUUAGAUAAGACAGUGACAGUAUCUUCUUCUGUGCAGAAGGGUAGCCAUGUAAAGGAAGUUUAGGACAAUUUCUGUAGCUCAGUGAGGUGAUACUUGGUUUGCUGUCUCUUACUGAGAUACAGAAUAUUAAAGGGACAAGAAGUCAUAUGUGUUAUCUGGCAAGAUGACCACAGUUCGUGUGGAACGUCUUUUACUGAUCUUAUUGUGCAAUCCAAUCUAGUCACUUGAAGAACUCUUUACUGCAUGCCAUGUGUGAACAGGAGCAAAUAAGAUCACUUCUCUGAGGGAUUUUGUUGUUCUUGUUUGAGAUUACAGCAUUUUAUAUCACCCAGAGAAAGAACCUAAGAAUACCUGAAGCUCCAUUUUUAUUUUAAUCUGGCUGGCUCUGUCUGUUACCAAACUGCCAAAGCCUAUUUGUGAAAGCAGGGAAUACCAGGACCUUGAUGGGAAGUUUUAUCUCUUAAUUUUGUCUAAGAAUUUAAUUUCCUGCUGCUAUUAAUUAGGUGCAGGUCUAAAAUACCUUGAACGCAAUCUGCACACUAGAAUAAAACUACUUGCUUUUAUUAUUUUAAUAUUUGUUUUACCAUUUUGCCUCCAAAGUUUUGAUGACAGGCAAAUGCCCCUGACGGUUAGGAGAUGAACAAAUGCUUAUUAGAAGGCUCAUUUUUAGCUUUUACUUUCCUAUCUCUCAUGGCUUCUUUUGCUUCUUGGUGGUUGUUGGCUUUUAUCUUCUGCUUUGUCAUUCUGGUUGGUCUUUCCUUUUCCCUUAAGAUAAGACACUGAAGUAUUCUAUAGUUCCCUUCAAGAAUAUAUAGAUAGCAUCAUUAUAUAGCAUCAAAGAGCAAAACAAGACUAACAUUGAAUCUGUGCUUUACUGUUGCUCAUAGUAAUUGUUAGGCAAGACUGAACAAGCAUUUUGUCUUUUGAGAAUUCACAAACUUGUAGAAAUUCUGGUAUUUCCCAGAAUUUUUGUUGAAUAUAAAUAUCUAAAAAUAUACUGCAAUCUUACAGAAAUAUACUCUGUUGCUAUCCAGUUCCAGUAAGUCAUUUGUUCUAUUGUCUAAUGGUAAUCAUUAGGAAUUUAAUUCCUUGUUCUUCAGUGUUUUAGUUCCAUUAUUUGCUGCAUACAUCAAUUCUUAAUCUUUGGGUGUGGAUGAAUGCAGGUGGUGAACAUCAUUAAACCUUCUCUCUCACAAGAACAGCUUCUUUAUUGAAAGGGUUCAGCUUCAUUAUUUUCCUUGCCUGUUAUGUAGCUUUGGAAGUAGUGUGGUAUUAAGAAAAAGAAGGGGCUCAGAGUGUGACUUCAGGGAAUAAGCACAUGUAUAGAUGAGCUACCAAUGAAUGCUGUCUAUUUGUCUUAUCUUCAGUAAUAAAAGAAUAUAAGCAAAAAAACCCUGUAAAACAGAAUUCUCUCAGUACAUUAGAUACUUCUAAGAAGCUUUUAGGAACACUUUUUCUGGGGCAACAAGGACUAUUUACAUCAAAAUUGUAGUGGUAAUUAUUAAACCAAUGCUAUAUCCUGUCCUGAUACACUACAAAAAAACCCUGCAGAUUGAGGUUAAAGACAAAAGGUUCUCCAGGGCAGCGAUAAAACAGCUAAAGAGUUCAUGAGGGUACAUUCCUGAGCACUGUGCCGAGGAUCUGCCCAAAAUAAUCUUUCUGAGAUUUUAAUUAAUGCUAAUAAAAGGUAACAGUUAAAUGGACGAAUAUUUUCAUUGUUCAGAGCUGAAGCUUAGUUUCUGGUCUUAAGAUGUGUGUGCAGUCCAGUUUGUAUACUUCCAUGGAGAGUUAACAUAUCUGAUCAGGCAUUACAGAAAAGAAUAUUCAAGUUCCCCAUUUUCUUGAUAGCAACACGUAACCACUUGGAUCAUAACGUGUAUUUUCCAAGUGCUGUGAAAACUGAAGUAAUCUAAUUUAAAGGUUGUGUGUUCCACCCACAGUGCAAAGGAAAAUAAACGACUAGAGCACACAGCUUUAUAUAUUGUAAAAUGAAGUAAAUAUAUAAUGGCUACAAAUGCUUUUCAUUAUCUCUUUGGAAAUAAGCAAAUGGUAAUCUUGUCCUGUUCUGAUGACUCUUGAGAUAGCAGUAAUGCUUCUGCAAGUUUUCUGUGGCUUUCUAUUCAUGUAAGGAGCACCAGCAAUUUUAUAUUAAUUGUGUGUGAAAGAAUUAACAGUGAAUAUUCCUAUUACUGCUUUAUGAUGAUCUUAAAUAGUAAGUGGUAUGUGCAAGCUAUCAAGAAAAUUUAAGAGGAUUUGGCAAUUUUAAAGUCAAAAUUUUAAAAUUUUAAAAUUUCAAAGUAUUUUGACAUGUGCAAGUAGCUUUUGCAUUUCCUCGGUUCUCUACUAUGUGCAACUACCCACUUAGCAUCUUCCUGGAUGAUUUUUAGUGGGUUUAAUUGUCUUGAUGUGUUGACAUUUUCUGUAGAUUUGGUAAUUGGAAAAUAUUUUAAUUUCACCACUUGAUGUUCUUCUAGUUAGUGAUUUGGAGGAAGACUGUCCUGAAUGUGGCUAAUUUUUCUUUUUCUUAUAAAGCAAAACAGUACCUGUAUUUUACUCAUUUUAUAGAGAUUUUUAUUCUUGCCCGACAUUCUGACUUUUUGCAAGGAUUGAUGAGGGAGGUAUUUUUGCACUCAGUCAGCUAUGCAAUACUGACUUCAUACAGGGUUUUGCACAUGUGUUUUAGGUAGAAUGUGGACUCUGUGUUUUGCAGUAAUAUUGUACUGAUAAACUUCGGUAUCUCCAAACCAAGUUUAGCAAAUUUUGCAGGCAUUUUCCUCGCUGGUAUUGUGCAAAUAAAUAGCUAAAAGAAGUUGUUCUGUCAGGAAAUACUUUCAAGUGGUGUUUUUUCCUCUAAGCCAAGUAGUCAUACUUCAGGGGUGUCGCCUAUGGAAUAGUUUGGUAGCUGGAUUACGACUGAAAGGUGAUCUCAGGAAAUCAAGCACUUACAAAGAAACCUUUUCAGAAGCCCUUCCUUAGAACAACUGUAUUAGCUGACGCUGGUAGUAUGAUACAUUUAGCAUUCUGUUAAAAUGAAGAGGUGAAUCGUUAUAACAGUUUUAAUGUAAAGAUCAGGUAAGCUAGAAAUUCGGUGAAUGAGGUUUUGAACCUUACAAACUGCACACAGCCCAGACACGUGUCCCCUCCCAAAUCUGAGCAGUCCGGCUCCCUUCUGUAUUGGCAAGAGCACUGCAUUUCGACUUUGUGCCUUGCAUCGGGAGAAAGAAGUGAAAUCUUGCGUUAUCUCACAGGUUGCUGUAGGAGCAAGUAACAAAUCUCACUUGUGCUCAGAACAUCUCCACAAGCCGAAUCAUAUUAUUGGCUUGUGGCAGAUGUCAGAUUCUAGGUAGGAUCCUAGCCAUACCUCUAGUUUGUCACUUUCAAGGAAUCAAGAAAAUGUUCUGACAUGACUGAUUGCAUUGCCUUGCUCCUGUGAUCUUUCUUCCCCCUGGAAGUCCAGAAAAGGAGCAGAAGCUCGUCAGUGACUCCGCAGGCUAUAAGUAAAAAUAAGGGGUGAUUUCUUUGGUUUGAAGGUGGAGGAGACAGAUGCAAGCAACUAUUAAGUACAAAAAUCUGAAGAGCAGUAUGUCUUUCACCAUUUUGCUUUUUUGGUGUUAAUUUAAAAACAGUGAAACAGAACCUCAGCUUUUGGAGCUGUUUUGUUUUGUGUUUUGUUGGGUUUUUUUUAAUUAAUUUUGAAUUGCAGUUGAUUAAGUAUUAGAGGCCUUACCUAUGUGAAUAAGGCAGAAGCUGUCAUUACUAGCCACAGCAACCUCAGACUUCUUGCAUCUGGUACAGUGAACCCCCAGAGAUUUUGACUGUGCCCCCAGCUUCAUUGCACCAUUAGACGUUGAGAACUUACCUAGCUUUGUCCUCUGUUUUUCCUUGACUUUACUUUGUGGAUUCAUUGAAAUAUUGGGACACAAAGUUCAUUUUUUUAAAUGUAUCAGCUCAUUGAAUUAGGUAAUGAAGGAGUGUCGAUUGAGGAGCUCUAGAAAACUUGACAAAUCAUACAGUCCCACGGGGCAUUGAAGCAACACCUGGCAGUAUAGCCAAGGCAGCUUCCCAGACAAAUUGUUCUGGUGUCAGAUUGUAGUCAGUGGAUCAGUAGGAGCUCAUGAUAACUGCUGUAAUUGAAGUCCUCAUCUAGUAGUUGCUAGGGGAUGCUUUGCUGUUAACUUUACUAUGGCCCAGAUUCUAACCUUCACUUUUAGGCCUUGCCAAGGUAAUGCAGGACUGUCCUGAAGUAGAUCUCUGCAUUAGUUGGCUCUGGUGGCAAAUCAGGAAUUUCCUCUACUGCUGUUUGCUGUGUGUAUAAAGUCAUUUGGAAAACUGCAUAUCCUUCAGUCUCCUUUGCACUGCGUGUUGGUUCCAGACUGAAAGCAGAUUCCAUUUGUCAGAUAAAAAUUUCCUGCUGCUGUCUUGUUGCUUUGGAUCUCGGAGAUUGGUCCAUACAACAGAAAACCAUUGCUAGGAGAGGGAAAUCCAGGACAGUUGGGAAGCCUUUCCUGUCUGGUGGUGACUUUAUGCAUUGCUUCGCAUUAGAGAGGUCCUUUACUAUCAGAUGAAGUUAGAAUAUCACAUUUCAGAAAGAGCAACAUGGUUAUUCUAAUCGUUACAAAAGUGGUCAUUUGUCAGCACUUUGAAGAGCUGUCAACUACUGUAGCAUGGCACAAAUCUGAAAUACUGCAAAAGCAAGUAUUUCCACAGGUACAGGAUAGCUUAUUCUGCAAAUAGAACUUGAAUCCCUAAUGAUUAUCCCUAACUUUAAGAGAAGAGAAAAUCAACAUAGAGGCCAAUUGUUAGCUUGUUAACGUGCUCGUGGUGUUAGCGUGAUCGUGAAAAUGAGCAGAAUUUUAAGAGAAAAUCCCAAAUGGUGUAAUAUUUAUGGAGUUACAAAACAGCUGUACUGAGACCAUCAGACUUGAUUUGGAUUUGAAUAUAACAUUCGUUAUGUAAUUUAAAAUUUUGUAAAGCAGAGAUUAUAGUUCUCAGUCACCAAAGAUUAGUAAGCAGGAGAGUAAACCUAUUUCCUGGAGGUAUCAGUGGUUUCGAGAGAGAUUUUAAAGCUUUUAUUUAGCAAUAUCAGUAAAAUCUUGGAAUAGUUAUAAGCAUGACAUUAUAAGGCUGCAAUUCUUAGAAUUUAUAGUCCACUUUGUAUUCUCUGGUUGUAAGAGUUAUAAAAAUGCAAAGUGGUGUUAAUACAGCUCUGGAAGAUGCUAUGUUGAAAGGCUCCUUUAAAAAAUCUAAAGGAAGUACCAUGGAGAAAGACAUAGAAAGAAUAGAUGCAGAAAGAAAAACAGACCUUAGCAGUAGAAGCCAGUAAGUAAUGAAGUUAGGAAAUCUGCAGGAAGAGAAAUCUGGAGGCAGUUACUUCAAAGCAGAAGCUUGGAAGAAAUAUUUGGGAAGAGUGUCUAGUGUUAGACUUGAAAGUGAGUAGACUGCGUUGCUCUGAUAGCUUUGGUGAUUGCGUUACAAAGUACUGCUUACAGUCAGCAGAUUGUUGGCUACAGAAAGCCUGGUCCAUCUUAGGACCAAACAUAGACUGAACAGGAAACAAGCAGUUGCUCAGAGAGGACAUGUGGCUGGGUUUGAGGUUUGGUUUUUUUUGCGUCAGAUUUGACUUGUGUGAGCAGUGCUCUGAAUUAAAAGUUCUUGUGUUGGUAGGUACCUCCAGAGAUGGCUAGGUUAGUGAAAAAGGCUGCCAUGCUUUCUGUGGCUUCAGUGUGCUGGAGUUGUCCCAGUCACUUCUGUGUGUUGAAAAAACAGAAGAGGACAGCGAGAAGUUAAGGAAGAUUUUAAGGGACGGAUAACCACUUGUAGUGAAGUAAAGCUCAUGAGAUUAGACACUGAAUAGUGAAGGAAAAUGGCUCGCUAAGAAAUAAACCCCCAGGCUGGCAACAAGCUUUCACUUAUAGCUGGAGUAUUUUGGACUGGCGAGGGAAGUAAGAAAGAGAAAGUCACUGCUCCAUAGACGCAUCAUCUGCUGCAUAAAGUGUCUCUUUCUGAAGAUGCUGCAGAAGCAAUGACAGGUUAUGCUGAGUGAAUUUACCCUCGCAUCUUGCAUCUCUGUUGUCUUCUGAAGUGUUGCUGCCUCAACAGGUAGCUUUAAAAUAUAUUAAUUUUGAGGCGUUCUCCAAGAGAAAGAAAUUGUCAGACAAUUUUUUUAGAACAAGAUUAGAAUUUCUAGUCAGGAAAGGGCACUGUCAGAUGAAUUUGUUACAUCCUUGAAAGAGAACAUACUGUCCUGAGUUUACAAAGCCUCUCAGAAGCACUAUUGACUCAGAGAAACCUACAGUGUCAUUUCUGUUUAUGUGCAACAGGACACUUGAAGUGCUACUAAAUACUGAGUCUGAACUAAGUAAUAGCCAGGUGAGACUAAAGGAGUAGACUAUAUUCAUUUAUGCACAAUAGAAUAAAUACAUGCUUAUGUAGCUUGAACUCUUAAUUCUUUAUAGACUAACUACAGUAAUCUUCAUAUUAUUAAUCCUGAACUCUGUAACUUCAUGCACCCAAGCAGUGCCAAGCAAGCUUAGCAGAGAAUGAUUACUCAAAAUACACUCUCGAGGUCUGCUUUGAAUGUGUUGAAUGUGUUAAAUUUUUUAAUUUUUAUUCCGUUUGAUUUAUGUCUCUGUGUUUCUAUUUGUUUUUCAACUAUGGUUAGUAUUCUGGGUUGGUGAAUGCGAAGGAAAAAAAGAGGGAUACUCAAGAUGCAGGACUUGUAGCAUAAAGACAGAUUUUUGCAAUGAGUCCUUGAGUUUAGUUAUAAAUAUUCUUCCUUAUCUAUUGAACCUGGAUUUUCCUGUCACAGGAACUGUUCUUAGAAUCAUUUUUGACCAGUGCAAUACUAGGGAGAAGGAAGUGGGGAGAGAAACAGUUUGCGUGCUUUGAUUUUGGUCUGGUGAAGUUGUUUUGCUCUUUGUAACGUCACAGUGAAUGCAAUGCAAACAUGAGAAUGAGCAGUCAGUGCUGUGCCAUGCUGUGUAGGGAUAGUUGUGGUACCUGGGGAAGCUGAAAGCACCAUAGCUGUGUUAGUAAAGCAUUCCACUUACCCAGUUACAUAGGUCAAGAAAGAGGGUGCUUCAGCAAGGAUGGAGAAAUAUGCCAACCUCUCCAAUUCUCUUCCAAACUUAGGUUCCCUUCCACAGCAUUGUGAUGUGCUCUUUGGGCUGCUCAGUGGCUCCUACUCAGCUUAUUUUAACAAGAAUACAUAUAAUUUUCUUGCGAUUCAAACCUGUAUUUGCAUGCAAUGAAUAGAACUUGCCAGUGUAGUGUGGCAGUGAUGCUGUUGUAGCCUCACGCACAGGAUGAGCUUUGACGAAACAUAAAUGCUUAAAGUCUUUGGUGGUGCUCAGAGCUCAAAGGCUCAGACGGAGUCAUUAUGACCCUGAUUGUCUUUUAGUGUGUAACCACACGCAGUAUUGGACAGGCACCUUUCACUUUAUAUUGCUUUGGUUUUUUUAACUGUUGUACUCUCAGACAGCAGGAAUGCCUGAGACUUUUUCAUCGCUGUGUAAACUUAGUUUCCAUAGCUGUGUUAGCUGAGAAUGGUGCCCUGAAGGACUUUACUCAGAAGUGUUUAAAUUUGUCUGAAUUAUGUCUAAAUUUAGAUAUUGUUCAAGGCUGUUCUGUUGCUCUUUCCAAUUACUGGUGUGUAACCUUCUUGUUAAUUUGAAGAGUUGCUCUGGCAAAGAUGUUUUCCCCAUGAAUUUGCACAACUCUAAGUAGAGACAGCCUUACUAAACUGCUCUGAAAAAUACCUGUUCUGUUCUCUGGGUUUUUUUAAUGGUAAUAUGUUAUCUGCUUUUUAACUUUCUUCUUUAUUCUUUUAUUUGCAGUGAUGUGGUUGCAUGACCUGCAGCAUUAUUAAAACAGGGACUGUUCAGUGCAUGACUUGCUUUUCUGUCCAGACUGCAUAACCAAAACUUAACCAGUUCUACACUUAAGACUCAUGGCCAUCUGAUUUCAAAGGGACAUCUACUUGCAGAGAAGCUUGCCAUCCUGGGGAGUGGCUUUCCCAUUUCCCGCUUCCAUUUACUCUUUCUCUUCACAAAAAGUCUCCUAUGAGGCUAGAAGAGAGGAAAUCCAGUAUUCAGAACUCGACAGGAGGCGUUCUGCAAACUGACAGAGCACUGUCAGCUCUCCAUUUUACUUCUGCCUGUCCACUUUAUUUAAUUCUGAUUAACAGUAUUAACACACAGACUUCCUGCAACAUUUUCAUAUACUGAACUAUAAAAAUCUAGUCUUAAUGAGUUCCUAAAAACACCUUUGGGUUAUUGUUAAAAUUUCAAAGCACCUGCACCCUUAAAGGAUCCACUUUGAAUCUUUAAAUAAUUAAAGCGAAGGAGGUGUUUUACCAGGAGAAAUGACUAAUGAAUUGCUGCUUGGCCAUCCCAUCUUCCUUAGAAAACCAGGCAAGGUUCGUCUGAUAAUCUCCGAGCCAGGCAAACUACCGGGUGGUAUUUUGUUCACAGACACUGCCUGCUUCCUUACUAUGUAUAUACACAGUAGUUUGUGGCUGUUGUAUUUUUCUCUCUACAUUUUAGCUGUGUUGUCCGUUUCUUUCAGAAACUUUUUUUUCAAUCUGUGUACAAUUGUUAAAACAAUCUGAGGAAAGAACGUGAAUGGAGAUAAGUUGGAAAGCCGUCUACACUUUCAGUAUUAUGCAGACUGUCCUUGCCAGUUUAUAGUUUGGGUCGUUUAUCUUUUACCUGUACUAUUUUUUUCUUUUUUUUCUCCUUAUCGCAGUCUUAGCUAUUUAAUUUCCAAUUGCACUAGCUUGGCUGUUCCUUUGUAUUAUGAAGUUUAGCUAUAAGAUUUGCCAUAUGUAGACAGUGUAACUCAAAAUGCUUUGUACUGCCUAUAUUAAUUUAAAAAGCUGCUUAUUUAAUAUUCUUAAAUAUCUGCACAUUUGUACUACUGUAUCUUUGUUUUGUAUUGGACAUCCAGUACUGGCAAGAUUCAGAAGGCGAGGGAGUGCUGUAGCGUUGUAAGUUAAGAGGUUUAUUGUAUAGGAGUUAGUAUGUAACACAUGGGGAAGGGGGCUUUUAAGCCAUAGGACUUGCCGGAAAAUCUGAAGAGUCUGAAUGAUGAGUACCGUAAGUGGUUUGGUUUAAGUCCAGUUCUAGAGAAAGCCCAUUCUUGCUCACUUGGAUCUUAAUCCUGCAAAAAUACAGACACGUAUGUACUCUGCUUACUCCAAGAAUGGUCUUGCUUAUUCAGGCAGUGGCAUAACCACCAGCCCUGUUUUCCAUGUGAGCACCCCUAUGCUGGAGAAAUAAUGUGUCCACUAGUCUCUGCAGUCACUUCUGGUCACAAAACACAGUGCGUGUCUCAUCCCUGGCCCGUCAAGCGGGGCUCUGGGCAGAGCUGCACCUCGUGCGCCGAGACACCUGCACGUGUUCAGUCCUCAGGGAGUCUGAUACCCGCUGUGUCGGUAGUGUUGUGCAGAAUGACUUGGAGAAAAGACGGAUCAUGUCCCCACCUCUGUUUCCACAGGGGGUCCGUGCCACCCGGCAAAGGGAAGGGCAGGUGGGAAUGGGCUCCAAGCAGGCCGUGCAGGAGAGGGAACGAUAAGCAUUAAGAUCCCCGUGAGAAGUGUGUGGCGUGUUCCCUUCUGGAUACCGUACCAGACGGGCGAGCCUGUGGCUGCCAGGUGCUCUGGCUGACAGCAGUCCGGAAAGACUCCCCGAGGGGGAUAUGUCCUUCCUGGUCCAGCAGGACCUGGGACAGUGAAGUCUGACGUGACCUGCGGGCAGGACCUGGGGUUCGGUGGUGGCAAGUCGGGUAUCCUGCAGCGGAGGCAGCAGCACUUUCAUCAGACUGAGUCCAGCAGAGAGCUAAAGGAUUUGUGUCUUUCCAGGCCCUAGCCAUUGAUCCCUUGUUACGUGUCAGGGCAAGCGUUACUAGAAAAACUUCUUUUUGUUGGGUGUUAAAGGCAUGGUUUGUUUCUCAUUUGCAAGUGCUGCUCCGGCUGGGACCACACCCUGCCCCAAGCCAGGCUGGGUGCAGGAUCCCUGAAAUCAGGGGCUCUGUGCAGGGCGGGAGGGGAUGGCUGUGUUUUUGUGCACCUGCCUGCACAGGUGUCCCGAGGUGAAGCCGAGCAGUACCUCAUUUCUCCAAGUGGUCUGUGCAAAUUGGAGACUAAGUAUCAGUUGUUCUUGAACCUGAAGACAUUUGUAUGUAAGUGUGUUUAGCUUGACAAAAAGUGUUUGAGUUCACUAAUGCAACAGAGCGAUGCCAGGUGGAGCCAGUAACUUUCAGCAAGUGAGCUGGCUACUUUAAUUAGAUUAGCCUAGCAUCUCUGUCAUGAAGUGAUUGUGAGCUCACAACUCAGAGGUGAUCUCCAGCAUGUCUCUGACAUACUAACUUCAUUUGUGCUGCAUAGAAAACUCUCUUACUUUCUUAGUAGCAGCUUGUUUGACAGUCCUGAAUUAAGUGUUGACCAAUUAUCAAAGUAGCUGUUUGUGAAGUUGCCAGUGAUAUAUUUUCUAUAAAAGAAUGGAUUCCUAGAGUGUCAAAACAUUAAUUUCCCAUUUCAGUUCAUCUACAAAUUGUGUAACUACCAGAUUGUCAUGGUAGCAGUAUUAAUAUACAUAUCUGUAUAUAGACAAAAAAAUAGUAAUGAUCAUUGGAAUCAAAAGGUUUAGUAUUUUUUCCCACUCAAAUACACUAAUGCUUCCAUGGUAACAGAAGAGUGUACAGUUGUUAAACAAGUUGUAAAUAAACGCUUAUAUA